CCGGCGCACACACAUUCCCCCCCCCCGCAUCGGGUGCGAUGGGCCCGCUCGGUACCUGCUCCGCCGUCAGCGCUUUGCCGGUGGAUGGAGCCGCCGCCGCCGCCGCCUUGCUCUUCCCGCUGUCCGCCAUCUUCCCGUCCGUUCUGCGCAUGCUCCGUUCCUUCCGCCUUCCGGGCUCGCCACCUCCACCGGCCGGAGAAAAGGGCCCUUCGGGCGCCAUAUUUGUUUGGGGCACGUCCCCUCGCGGCGCUCCUGGGCCGCCGCCGGCUUCGCUGGCCCUUGCUCCGGUCUCCGCCCCCCGCAGGCUUCCGCCGGCUGGUCCCGGGGAGCCAGGCGCUGCCUCGCCCGCCCCGCCGGCUGCCCUGGGCCCGAGCAGCCGAGUCGCCCCGUCCCCCGCGGCCUGCUCCAUGCUGAGAGCAGUGAUCCAGACUGCCCUGUGCCCGCUGCACCGCUCCUUUCGCCGGGUUCCCGGGAGGCAGCUGCAAAGGAUCCCAUCCCGCACAGCCAGCCGAAGCUCUGCCCUGCUGUCCUGUGCCUCUUGGCAGCCUGGCAUCAUGGCUGCCACUGCGCUGAAGCCCCUCAUCGCCGUGUGCCAGCUCACCUCCACGCCAGACAAGGAGCAGAACUUUGCCAGCUGCUCACAGCUCAUCCGGGAGGCAGCGCAGCGAGGCGCCUGCGUCGUCUUCCUCCCCGAGGCCUUCGACUUCAUCGGCAGUGACACGCAAGAAACCCUGAGCCUGGCCGAGAGCCUGGAGGGGGCCCAGAUUCAGCGCUACGCCAGCCUGGCCAGGGAGUGCAGAGUGUGGCUGUCUCUGGGUGGCUUUCACGAGAGAGGUGAGGACUGGGCCAGCACCCGGAGGAUUUAUAACUGCCACCUGCUCCUGGACCCCACAGGGCAUGUCGUGGCCACAUACAGGAAGACCCACCUCUGCGAUGUAGACCUGGAAGGGCGAGUGUCUAUGAAGGAGAGCAACUUCACCAACCCCGGGCCUGAGAUUGUGCUGCCCGUCAGCACCCCUGCUGGGAAGGUCGGCCUCGCCAUCUGCUAUGACCUGCGUUUCCCAGAAAUCUCUCUGGCGCUAACUCAGGAGGGGGCAGAGAUUCUCACCUACCCAUCAGCCUUCACAGUGACCACAGGCUCCGCCCACUGGGAGGCGCUGCUGCGGGCCCGCGCCAUCGAGACCCAGUGCUACGUGGUGGCAGCAGCUCAGACCGGGAAGAACCACGAGCGCCGCACCUCCUACGGCCACACCAUGGUGGUGGACCCCUGGGGCUGCGUGAUCGCCCAGUGCCAGGAGGGGCCGGGCCUGUGCUACGCGGAGAUCGACCUGGGCUACCUGCGCCGCAUCCGCCGGGAGAUGCCAGUCUGCACCCACCGGCGGGCUGAUCUGUACGGCAGGGUCACUGUGCUGAAGAAACCCCCGCCUCCCUGAGGGGCUGCCCCCCAGGAAAAUCAGCCACUGCCAGCCAAGCCCUGCCAUCCUCCGUAAUCAGGAGGCAGAGCAGGGAGCAGAGACCCCUCCCGGUAUCACCUCCUCCCCCCAUCCCACCCCGCACAGACCCCUCCCGGUAUCACCUCCUCCCCCCAUCCCACCCCGCCCAGACCCACUGAUUUGGGCUGAGGGCUCUCCUGGUGUGUGCUGGGCAGAGGCGCCCUCUGGGGGGACAGCAUGGAACUGCAGCAUCCCCCAACAAUUCCUGCUCCAGCUGGUGCUGCCUUGUCAGGCCCUAGCGAAGAUGGAGCAUUUCCUAAGGGUGAAGGAAGCAGCUGCAGCUGGGCCUCUGGCUUCUCCAGGCAGCAGCUGAUGCGGCAGCCACCCCGUGCAAGGAGCAUUCGCAGUGGGCUCCAGCAGCUGAGCAGGUAGAGGGGAGGAAGUGGAAGUGAGGCGGCUGCUGGUAAAACCCCAGCUCAGAGACGGAGCAGUGGAGAGCCUCCUGGGGAGGCUGGGGCUAGCUGGUGUGUCAGACCCGUUCCCUUCUCAGCAAACGCUCGAGCUGUACCAGUUCCUGAGGCGUCCUGCCUGCUGCCCUUGUCGCUACUUCCCUGCCAUAAGAACAGCCACACUGGGUCAGACCAAAGGGCCAUCCAGCCCAGGAUCCUGUCUUCUGACAGUGGCCAAUGCCAGGUGCCCCCAAGGGAGUGAACUUAAUAGGUACUGAUCUAGUGAUCUCUCUCCUGCCAUCCAUCUCCACCCUCUGACAAACAGAGGCUAGGGACACCAUUCCUUACCCAUCCUGGUUAAUAGCCAUUAAUGGCCUUAACCUCUGUGAAUUUAUCCAAUUCUCUUUUAAACCCUGAUAGUCCUAGCCUUCACAAUCUCCUCAGGCAAGGAGUUCCACAGGUUGACUGUGUGCUGAGUGAAGAACAACUUCCUUUUAAACCUGCUACCCAAUUCAUAAUAUAAGAACUAGGUGGCCCAUGGUUCUUAUAUUAUGGGAACAAGUAAAUAACUUUUACUUUAUUCACUUUCUCCACACCACUCAUUUUAUAGACCUCUAUCAGAUUCCCCCCCCUUAGUCUCCUCUUUUAGUGCCCUAAAACUGCCCCAUGGUCUCCUGCUCCACUCCUGCCUGAGGUGGGGUGGGGCUCAAUUUUCCCAGCAGAGGGAGAGGGGCUUUCCACCCUGGGCGGUUCCCCUGUUGUUUAUAACUAGUUAGGAAAUUCUAAGAGGGCAAGAAGUCUGUUACUUCUGAGCAUAUAGGGUGUGCAUGAUUCCCCCCUUUGGCCUCAGCAAGGGAUGGAUUGGCCUGGGCUACUUCACCUUUAGAGCUCAUGGGUCUUGAAGCAGGGAACUGCACCUUAGUUAUAGCCCCUACAAUGCUGCUCUGAGCCCUUGGGCAGGUCCCUUCCCCUCUGCCUCAGUUUCCCCAUCUGUGCAAUGACACAUGCUCUGCAAUCUUUAGGUGAAAAGCUCCAUGUUAGCAUGAGACCCAGGCGGCUGGGGAAAGGAGAAGUGACACUUAGUAAUUGAGGUAAUAGGCAGUGCAGAGGGCUGGAUGCUGGCCACAACCCUGGGGUGAAGCAGGAGAACUGGAUCAUCUUCCCACUGUACCUCUCUCUCACAGCUCAGGACCCCCUCCCUGCUAUUAUCUCCCCUCUGCAGGCAGCCAGUGCCUCCCCAGCAAUGUCUCCCAUCCCAGCGUUUCAUGGUGGCUUUGCCUUGUAUCUAAGCUACUGUCCCUCUUGUGUAUCACUUCCUCCUCCGAGCCCACUGGCCUGAUGGAGAGCAAGGCCCAAAGACCCACAGUUUAGCAGGAAAAACAUUCCCUACCCCAGUAAAGGGACCGUCACUCUAAUGGUUAAGCAGGAAUUCUGGCUCCUAUGCCCAGCUUGUAGUGACUUCCCCAGCCUCUUCUACACUACCAGUACCUGUCUGUUCAGGCAGGUGCACUCACAGUGAGACCGACUGUUGGGACGGUCCUUUUGCGGUGGCCCUUCGGUUUGCAUCUAUAAACCAGGGCCGAGGCUGGAUUUCCUCCCAGGAAGAAUGUGAGGGUUCAGUUCGUAAUAGAGAAUUGUGAACUGACUGGGGGGGCAGUGAGCAUCCUGUAUGGGGGGAGAGGGGGUCCAGCCCUAACCUAGCUGGGUGCAGUGGCUGAGCCAGUGCAAUUAAUCAAGGCCACACUUACAUCAUCUGCAGGCUGAUCUAAAUCCAGUGGGGCAGUUCAGGCUGGCUGCAGACUCAGGAGACAUUGCAGAAUGGUUCUGGAGCUGAAUUCAGCAGCGAAGAGGGGCAUUCUUUAACCCCCAGGGCCCCUGCUACUCGUGGCUUCUUUUCCCAGCACAGCACCUUUACUUGAAGUGCAGAUGUGACACAACAACAAGGAUCCACCUUUACAAAACCCAAAGGGGG